AUGGUGGUGGUUCCACGAUCCAUUAUAUGGUCUCCUCAUCAAGGCCAAAAUCAAUUCCUUGCAGGAGGAACAGAGCUCAAGUUAUACGAAUGGGUGCCAGAGACCCAUGAUUCGCCUGGACGAGCACGCUACAUAUCCACCAUCCCUGAUAUUACGCUGAUGAUGUGUGCGGAUUGGUCUCCGGAUCCAAACUAUUCAGACUUGGUAGCAGUGGGUUUAACCACUGGUAGAACAUUGCUGGUUCGCAUGCAAGAGCAUUCAUUGACAGAUUAUCCAAAUUCAGAUGGCAUUGAUACACCUACACAAGGUACCAGAGCAACCAUCUAUACAAACAACAGCAGUUCUAGCCUGAUACGUCAACAGCAACAGCAACAGCAACAAGCACAGCAGCAACAGCAGCAGCAGCAGCAAAAACAAUACCCUUCCUUGGGAGUGAAGCUCUCUCGUUCCAGCAAUGUAGUGUCAUUCUCCAAAACACACCCUCAUCUGUUAGCAGCAGGCUUGGAUAAGGUACGCAACGAUCCUUGCUUGCUGGUGUGGGAUGUCACUCGAUCCAUUGACAGUUACUGCAACACGCCUACUGGUUCUCAAACACCCACAGCGGCAUUUAGUAGCAGCAUUCGAGGACAUGUGCACCAGGAAUCUCGAUCUACCAUCACCAGUCAAUGGAGAGUUGAUAGCAGAGACACGUAUGAGAUAGAUAGACCAAAGUACACAGACAUGGCGCCCAUUUCAACGCCUGGAUCAGGGUCAAGAGAGCAAGGCCCUGUCAGACAGUACGGCUCAUCAGAGGCCAUUUCAUCGUGUGCUUGGUCAGAGCAUGCCAAUGCACCAUUGCUGAUUGCUGGCAUGGGUAACAAAUACCUGCGUGUGUACGAUGUACGAGCCGAUCUCAAUUCCAACCCGCUUCAAUUUGCCACUAAAGCAGUGCACGGUAUCACCAUUGAUCCCUUUUGUCCUUACCGUCUGGCAUCUUAUACGGAAGAGGGCAUCAUCAAGUUGUGGGAUAUCCGCAAGAACAAUGAUGCCAUCUUGACAUUGAAUCCAGACAACAAGAACAACCUGUCCAAAAUUGUCUUCUCGCCCACACAGCCUGGAUUCCUAGCGUCGCUGACAAAAGAUGCUACACACAUUGACCUCUGGGACAUUCAGGAGACUUGCUCAUUGCAGUCUGCUGUAAAUUCGUCUGUGCAGAAAUCAACAACGACAGCGUCUUCCUCCACGGCACAGCUACCUCAGCAUUAUCCAUCUCAGCUGCAAGUACCCGCCGCCUCCUCCUCCUCCUCUGCAGCGUUCACAGCAGCACCCACAAAACUCGAACGCAGCGCAUCUCAAACUGCAUUGCAAACACUGUCGACCAGCCAUAGCGACGAUGACGAACUAAGCAUUCCUGUGUUAUGGAAGAGUAGAAAAACGAGAUCCAGCAUCAAAAAGUUUGCUUCGUUUGCCUUUAUCCCCAAUUCGAUGGGCGUCUCUAAGCAUAUUUCUCACAACAUUUUGGCGAUACAUACAGAUGGCAAAUUCGAAUCAGUCAAAGUGCAAGAAGCGUGCCAGAUCUCCUGGCAGCCCUCGGGAGGCAUGAUCAUGACGAGCAAAAAGGGCUUGCUCUCCUACCAUCCUGCGUUUUCAGACUCGACAUUAGACACACCCAUGCAACAUUUGCGUAUAGAGCAGCAUGAGGAAGAGGAGGAUAAUGCAGCAACAGAGGACCCAGAUGACAUGAUCUAUCGCUUUGUAAAUAAAGAACAACACACCAUUACCAUUAGCAGAGACAGAGCAUUGGCCUCUGAACUGGACAAGGAUAUCUCGGUGGUGAUGCGAAGGAGACUGCUGGAAGGCUAUUCCAUGGAUUGUACAAAGAACAUUAGCAUAGUAUCAGAAGACCGCAAACUGCGAGAAUUGUGGUCCUGGAUGAAGAUUGCAGAUCAAAUAUCGACAAAACUAUCCAAGAUUGGCAAUGCAGACUACAGCUUUCAUGGCGUGUAUGGCAUUUGGACAGGCUCUCAGGGCCGUGCCAGUAAGUCCUCGCCUGCUUCUACCCCACGAGUGGGUGCAUCCCCUAAAUUACCUCGUCAGACACCAAGUCCUCUGAAAUUGAAAGAAAACGACACUACGUCAGCGUUAGCAGACAAGCUGAACGACACUAGCAACCAUCUGCCCAUGGUGGAAACAGCCAAAUCAGCUCAGAGAAAUCUGGCUUUGUCUGCCUGUGGUUUUGGCUUUGAUGUCAAGGGUUUUGAAAGAGAGCUUGUAGACUUGGAAUCGAGAGGAGAAUAUGAUAAGGCUGCUGGUCUGGCUUUAUUCCACGGAGCACCUGAAAGAGCCAUCAAAGCUCUAGGCAGUGCAAGAGGACGAGAUCAUAAAGAAGAACAGCAGCGCAAGCUCAUGUCAGCUAUUUUGGCCAGCUAUCAAGCGGGUGGCACCAGCACCAACGACACUUGGAAAGACAUUUGCGAGUCAUUGAGCAACGAUAUGGUGGAGAGACCGUAUCUACGAGCCAUUUUUGCUUAUAUUGCGUCCAAUGACUGGUACAGAAUUUUGGAUGAGCCAGGAUUGCCGCUUCGAGAAAGAAUGGCAGUGGCAUUACGUGUGUUGAGCGACGAUGACAUGUCUAGUUACUUGCACCGAACACUAGAUAAAUUGGUGCAAGAAGGUGAUGUGGAAGGCGUGGUGGUUACCGGUUUGACGCCUAUUGGUGUUGACUUACUGGAAAAGGCGCUGGAUCGAUUUGGCGAUGUUCAAACAGCGAGUUUAAUCAUGAGCUACAUUGUGCCUAAACGAUUCCGAGACAUUCGAGUAGAAGAUUGGGUAGAAAACUAUCGGUUAUUAAUGGACAGAUGGCAAUUAUGGCACGCACGCGCUAAAUUUGAUAUUCAACGUGGAAAACGCAUGAAUUCAAGUGAAAUUGCUCCACCUCAAGUAUACGUGCGAUGUAAUUUCUGUGCACAAUCCUUGGGGCACAGUUUGGUUAUACAAAAUGCUAGAAAUAGAGAGGGAAAGCGCAUGAAUGUGCAGACAAGCAAUCCUGGGGGCCGAGCAUCUGGAAAACAAAAGAGUUCUGUCUGCUCCAGCUGUAGAAAACCAUUGCCUCGUUGCGCUUUGUGUUUACUGCAUAUGGGCACACCCAUAGACCAAUUGAGACAAGCGAUAAUAACAAAUGAUACCCACAAAGUUGAUCCAGCAGGUUUUGAUCUUUGGUUUACUUGGUGUCAAACCUGUCGUCAUGGCGGCCAUGCUGUUCAUAUGUUUGAUUGGUUUCAAAAGCACUCCACUUGCCCUGUCAGCAAUUGUACCUGCCAAUGCCAAAUCUAA